UCUUUUCCCCCCAAAGACCCUACUGCGAACAGUACACUUCACACCCCCUUCACUUCUUCACCCCUCCCUCCCUCACUCAUCACUCACUACAACACUUCCUCACACCCCUCUCCUCUCUCAUAAAUUCUCAACUCGUACAUGGUCCCACUCACUCGUUCUUGUCGGAAUCGGAACCGAUGAACGCCGGAGCCACCGUCAUCCGAUCCAUCCUCGAUAAACCUCUUAACCAGCUCACCGAAGAUGACAUUUCGCAACUCACUCGCGAAGACUGUCGCAGAUUCCUCAAAGAUAAAGGGAUGCGCAGGCCUUCCUGGAACAAAUCUCAGGCGAUCCAACAGGUUAUUUCUCUCAAAGCGCUUCUUGAACCUACCGACGAUGAUUCUCCUGCACCCGUUUCCUCCGCCAUACACCGCCAUCAUCACCACCACCCUCAACCUCCUCAAGGGAAUUUGAGUGAAGCUCCGGUGAAGAGUCCGAAUCGCGAGAUCGGUGUACGGGCCGUGGAAGAUGUUCAGAAAUCCAUUUCACCUGCUGCAGAAAAACCUACCGAGACAAAUGAUGCCCCUGCCGGAGGGUGCGCACCUAGUGGGUCAUUUGGGCAAAUGACAAUUUUCUACUGUGGUAAGGUGAAUGUCUAUGAUGGAGUCUCACCGGAUAAGGCACAGUCAAUCAUGCAACUUGCUGCAAGUCCGUCCCCGUUUCCUCAAGACAAUCCUUUAAAUAAAAAUGCAGCAGUUUGGGCUUCUUCUUGCAACAUACCGAUUGAUAAGGAUGUCCUCUUCCCCACUAACACAGCAAUUCUUCAAGUUUCUCAAACAGAUAAGAUGGUGGAAUAUCCUCUGCAAUACAGGGAGAAAGGGAGCACACCUCGAGAUGCUGAUGUAGAGGGUCAGGCAAGCAGAAAAGUGUCGCUGCAGCGAUAUCUUGAAAAGCGAAAGGACAGGGGAAGACCGAAGGGAAAGAAACUGACUGGCAUAACUUCAUCUAACUUUGAGAUGUAUUUGAAUCUUCCAGUGAAGGUCCACGCCUCAAAUGGGAACUCAAGCCGUAGUAGCACUGACUCUCCACCGCAGACUAGACUGCCUCUAGUUUCCAGUGGCUCAGCUGACAACCAGCCAAAAGUUGCCCUUCCUAUUGAUCUGAAUGAUAAAGAUGUUCAAGAAUGCUAAAACUCGAGACUAGAUAGAUUGCGCAGAUAUGGAACUUGUAGAUGUUUGAAGAGAGCUGUGGGUGUAUAACUGAAGAGAAGAGUCCGUAGCUUCUGGGAGACUAGAGUGGUCAAGUUUUAGUAGCUUUAACUGCUGGGAAAAUUUAUUAUGUUUAGGAUAGUCUAGCAUCCCGCCGACCUGAUCAAUUUUGUAAUAACAGUCAUCUAGUUUCACGUCAUCAUCAUCCGGGAAUUUCUUGUUUCUGUAACUUCAGGUUUUUCGAGUUAGUUAAAUGUAGAGUAAGGAGCAGCCAUUUUCCACGGAAUAUGUGAUAUGUAAUAUAAAUUCACUGCUGCUUCCUCUUGUUAAUUGUUAAUAGUUUUUGUGCAACCUAAA